AGCGGUGCUUCUGAACGACAUGGGAAAGCUUCAGGAAUUCGAGAUCACUUUCACUAAUAACAAAGUGGUCUACAACCCCGGGGAGUCCAUAUCAGGAACUGUGAGAAUUAAAACAAGCCACUCCUUACAGUUUAAAGUCUGGCCACUUUGAUAAGCAGCCCUAUCCUGAUGAGCAUGAGAGACAAUGGCAUUUUUCAGCCUCGUCCUGCGUAACGUAUUGGAUGAAAAUGAAAAGCGUGACAUGAAUAUUAAAGCCCAUUAAAGUCAACUGUGUGGGGUCUUGUGGCAUCUCGUCUAAGCUGAAUGAUGCAUCGUGGAUGCUUGAGGAGAAGUACUUGAGCAGCACACUGUCUGUGGCUGAUAAAGGCACUCUGUCAGGCGGUGAGCACAACUUUCCGUUUCAGUUUCUCAUUCCAGCAUCUGUUCCAACCUCGUUCGAAGGCCCUUUUGGGAAGAUUUUGUACAAAAUUAGGGCUUUUAUUGACACGCCACGUUUCUCAAAGGACUACAAGACCCAGCGACCCUUUUACCUUCUCAAUGUGCUUAACCUCAAUGAGUUGCCAGAUAUAGAGCAACCCAGCUGUGCUGUGACAACAAAAAAGUUUAACUACCUCCUGGUAAAAACAGGCACGCUCAUGCUGAAGGCCUACAGUGAUCUAAGAGGAUACACUCCUGGACAGGUUAUCAAACUAUCCACUGAGAUCCAUAACAAGUCUGGGAAAGACACCGGUUAUGUGAUGGCCAGUCUUAUUCAGAGAGUGUCGUAUAAAACAAAGCGGCCAGUGUUUGAUCUGCGGCCCAUAGCAGAGGUGGAGGGUGCCGGGGUGAAGGCUGGUAAACAUGCAGAGUGGAGAGAACAGAUCAUCGUUCCUCCUCUUCCUCAGUCAGGCCUCACUGGCUGCAGUCUCAUAGAUAUUGAGUAUUUUAUCCAGGUUUCACUAAAGUCUCCAGAGGCUGUGGUCACGUUACCCAUCUACAUCGGGAACAUCGCUGUAAACUUGACUCCCUCUAUUCCUCACCCCAUCCCUCAAUGCGCACCAAUGCCUGCAAUGCCAAGCCUCAGCCCUGCUCCCGUCGUCCCCAGCGCGCCUCCUGCAGAGGACGACCUGGAGGGUGCGCUGGGUGCAGGAGGAGUAGACAGCGAGGAGAUCCCCACCAAGAGUCAUUCCCAGCAGGACCCGUCCGGUGCUCCUCUCUCCAUGUCUUCCAGCGCGUUCGCUCAAGCGCCUGGUCCGGUCGCUCCGCAGCCUGCCCAGUCCUCAGACGGCUCUGCUCCUUUGUUCUGCUUGUCCACAGGGGCCACCAUACCUUUCUUCACAGACGGUAAUACAACACCAGUGCCCACUUCCUGUCCGCUCAUCCUGCCCCCUGAAUACAGCACCUGGGAAUACCCACAUGAGCCACCUCCCACUUAUGAGGAAAGCUGCAGCAGUAACAACUCCAGCUUUAACAGUAGCAUGAGGUAGACCAUAUUUUAGAGGACAUGCUUCUUGACCACGCCAUUCAUCUGGUGCCCCCUGCUGGACGGUAGAGACAUUGCUGCCACGCCAUAACACUGGUCCUUCUUUUCCAUCAGCCAAAUCUGUUUAAAACACAUACAGUAUAAUUUCCUUAAAUAGUCAAUCCCUUCAGAUUACCGUUUCAACUUUGGAGAAAACAACCCUGAAACUGCACAGGGAGAAUGUUUCAGUGCCUGAGAAAAUGUAGCACUCUCGAACAACCCUCCCCCCCUCUUGUGAAAUACCAGCAUCUGUAUCAUUUUGAAACGAAAGUUACACCGAGGAUACUUUUUCAUUCAACCAAGGCUGGCCUUAUAUAAAGUUCAUCACAAAACAUGCUCUGUAAAAUCUGAACUGACGCAGAAAUAGAUUUCCUUCUGACUGAAAGCUGAGGAAAUGAUUUUCUCCUUUUCCUUGUGAUGAUCGGUAUGAAUCGUAGUGCACUCCAUGCUUAUGCCAGCCGGAACGGCUCUCGACGAAGACGCUGGGCCACAGAGAAAGCUACUCUGGAAAGAACAAGUUUUAUUUAUUGAUGAUGAUCGACGUUGGAAGUUUUCGUUUGACUUUUUCAAAUCAAUUUCAUCACCAAAUGGACACUGUGUGGAUACAGCUUUCGGAAUACCAAUGUAGUCGAACACCUUUGGGCGCAUAUGUCUUCAUCACUUGACCAAACGGUAGCCAGUGUUCCUUGAAUGCUUAAGGGAACAACAUAUUACAUAUCAUUUGCAAAAGAAAACUGCAUAAAUUACGUUUCGCAGGCUGUCAAGAGAUUUUAGGAUGACACUUUGGACUCCUGACUCUGUAUUUUUAUUACCUUAUUUUACUCAAAACAAAGCAAAAUAAUCCGAUUUUUUUCUUUUUUCCGGGAUUCAUCAUUUCACCCUAGAAUGAUUAUUUCAAAGUAUUUGAAAAAAAAAAACUGUCAUUCAGGCUCAUUUAGAUUUUUCAGACUGCGUAAUAUCAGUGCUGGUAAUGUGUUAGAAAUGUCUGAUAUGCAUCAAUCCGAUUCGAACUGUACAUGUCUUUGUGUGACUUUCUUUGUUUUUAUGCAUUGAUAUUUCUGAUAUUAGCCCACAGCGAUUAGAGAUUUAUGAUGGAUUUCCCGUGAGGCCUUAGGCUGUACUUGGAUUGUUGUGUACAGUCCUUUAAAUAUGGCAAACACUUUUUCCAAAACAUUUGUUCAGACCCUUGAACUGUUAAAGGAAUUGAAAAAUUGAAGCACAAAAGGCACUUUUAUAUGUUUGUGUGUGUGUGUGUGUGUGACUGUGUUUGAGAAUGUUUUUUCAAUUCCAAAUGAAUUUUCAAAAUGAUUAUUUUCCAUUUUAGUUGAGUGUUGUACUAAGUUUAGUAUUUGAUUCAGUCAGCAAAGGAAUUCAGAUUCAGAACAGACCGCCUACGAUAUGAUUUAUAAGAACGUGUAUGAAGCAAAUUUAGAAGACUAAAUUAUGUGAUGCUCUCUACCUUUUUCACGCUUUAAAUUUAUAUCGCAGUAUGUACCAUUUACAGUGCUGACAGAAAAAUCAUUUGGGUCAUUUAACAAAAAUGGUGUAAAAAAUUACUUCAACAGUGCUAAUAUGUAUAUUUCUAAAAAAAAAAACGAAUGAACAAAAAAUCCUGUAGCUUUAUUUUAGUUUAAUUUCAUCAUAAGGAUUCGUUUUCUAUCCUGUGUACAUUUUGAUAAAAACAAAAAUAUAGGCAUACGACUAGUAAAUAUUCUCGGUCUACAUAUUUUUGAUUUUACUUGACGUAAAAAGGAUUUAUUGUGCCUGGGUUAUGUGUUCCCACUGUUUGCAUCAUGUUUUCCCAUUUGAAAUAACUAUGUCACAACUUCAUCAUAUCAGUUCUUUUAGAAUGCAAACUCUUUCACUUUAUCAGAUAUUUUGACAUUUGUCAGAAGAAAACUGGGUUAAAUUGAUAGUCUGAUUGUAAUUUAUUGAUUGUGGAAUUUAUACUUAAAAAAAAAAGAUAUUUAUAGCAUGAAAUGGAUGAAUGCAAUUUAUUACUAGCUAAAAACUAUAUAGCAGACACAAAACAAAAAAUGUACUUUUGAAUCAUCUUAUUGCAUAUUACUGCAGAAGGUACUGAUUUUAUAAAAUGACCCGAUUUUGACUUUGCUGAUUGUAUCCCAGCAGGCCACUGUGACUUCUAACAGUGCAGCUAUAUGUUUAAAUUGAGAUUGUGUUUCUUCGCUGUGAGCAGCACUCUGUCGAAAUCUCAGCCGUUGCACAAAUGUUAAGAACAUUGAACGAAAAAAAAAAAAACAUUCGAAUUCAUACUUUUAUUGUUCAUCAUCAAAAUCCUGUAAAGAAACCCUUGACUUGAAUGCCUGUUCUGUAUUUUAAACCACAUUUUGCCUUAAAUGUGAAUCUGAUGCACCCCUGGUCCCAUCGUAACUGUAAAGAUAACAAGUACUUUGAGAUAACAGCACAUUGCUUUUAAUGUUCUCUACAUUUGCCUCUCGAGCCUUUUUGGCUUUCUGUUGGCAGCAGAAAGAGUCAUAAGGGAUUGUAGGUAGUUAGUUAUUUUAGCACUGAAAUUAUAAACGUACAAGUCCUCCAUUUGUGGAAAUGCUGACAUUGCUAUGGACUUACUUGUUGUUUAUUUACACGUGCUAUGUUCUAUGUCUUUUCCUUUUCACCAAAGGUUCAACAGCUUUAUCAAGUUUCAUUUCAUCAUUGUGUGAUACUUUUCUUUCCCUUGAUUUACCGUCAGGUUUUGAGAUGAAGUAGCACGGUUGUGGAUCAGUGUUCUAUGUAAAGAUGUGACGGAAGGAAACUUGUACAGCGAAUAAAAUCACUUAAAUUCUCAA